AUGGCGUCUACAGCAGUGUUCCUUUGUGGUCAACUUGGUGCCCUUUCAAUCGUUCUCAAUGUGUUCGUGAUCUCAGCUCUCCUCAGAAAUCGUCGUCGGGUACUCACCAAUGUCUUCUAUGUGAUCGUCCUUCACUGUGCCGUGCUCGACGUGGCUCGUGGACUGUGCCUAAUCAUUUAUGGACUUCCGUAUUUUGCCAAUUCCGUUUACAAAAUCUCACUUUCCAUCUCUACGAAGGUGGCGCUAUUUCGAGUGAGUUUCUCGGCGAUUGAGAUCUGUUUUCAAGCUUUUUAUACAUAUCUCAAUGAGAAGUUUGGAGGUAACUCCUUGUGA